AUGGCGGUACCGCAGAAGUCAACAUCAGAAACCAGAAAAAGCUAUUGUUGUAGCGAAGGAGUAAAUAUCAGAACCCAGCAGAGCAAAGGUCGUACAGAAGUAAUCGAAAUCAGAACCCAGCAGAGAAAUGGUGAUAUGUUUCAAUCAUCUAAUAUUUCUCAGCUCAACUCAACUGCAGCGUGCAAGAACAAUGAUGUAUACUAUGAGCUUCAGACAGUUAUUAAUUUUUAUUUCAUGGAAGUUGGCGCACCAUUAAUGUCUAUAAUCGGCUCCCUUGGAAAUGCUUUGAACUUGUUUGUGUUCAUAUCAUUGCAUAUGCGGAAGUCUGGAAAAGUAAUGGAAAGAUCUUCAAAUUUAGGAUUAAUAUUCCUGUCAGCAUCUAAUCUGCUAUUUUGUUUACUAGUGUCUGCUUUUACUUUGUUACCUAAAAGAGUUAAUUUGUUUAUGACAUAUUUCUACUUUUUCGCACCAUGUUUAAUAACAUAUUUCAUUUCAACAAGCACAUGGCUUACUGUUGUGAUGUCAGGAGAGAGAUAUCUCGCAGUUCGUUUUCCACUCAAAGCAAAGCGGAUAAUAUCAUUGAGGAAAACCAAAGUAGCCAUACUAACUGUCUUUUUUCUCUGCGUUUUUGCCAAUUUGUUCCUUUUAUUUGAACAUGAUAUCGAUAUAUUACACACGAAUGGAACAACAACAUAUCAACUGAAGCAAAGGGUUAGCGACACACAUAUAGCGACCAGACGGAUAACGUGGGCAAUAAUAUUUGACUUCGUACCAUGCAUUGCUUUGUUUUUCUUCAACAUAUCUAUCAUAUUCACGAUAAUCAUAAUGAAAAAGCGUAGAAUCCGAUUAACCAGUAUCGAAAGUGUGUGUUCUCUUGCUAGAAUCCAACCAUCUUCUGAAAUUCUGCAAAGUAAAGCAUCUCUUCUAAAAAGUAUAGGCACAGAAUCUCAGUUGUCCUUAAACAAAGGCUUGCAUUUGAUAAAAAAGAAAAGAAGUACGUAUUUAUUAGAAUCCAAAAGCGAUAGCAGUUUUAGUUCUGAUACGACUUCAACAAAUAUCAGCGCGAAUCCAACUCCACAAAUAAACUUAAAAACAUGUAAGAUUCGUGUAUCGUGUAAUAAAACAAAACAUUCAAACAAAUUAACAAGAAAAUCAGACUUAGCCUUUUGGAACCGCGGCAACAGUUUUACAGAUAAGUCAAGUAGAAAAAUAGGUGAUAAACCCCUAGAACGUAACGCCGGUUCAAUGAAUAAUAGAACUCACACAUGCUCAACAUAUUCUUUCCAUCAUAAAGACGAAGCAUUAAAACAAGAUGACUGCAAAGAUACAGACGAGACGUGCAAAACUAGUUUUAAAAAAUGUGUCAAAAGACAACCUACGCCACAUAAAAUAAGACGGUGCAAUACAGAGCCCAUCAUUUGUCAUCUAAAUAGAAAAAGUGGUACUUACCAAUAUAAAGCAUCAAGAAGCAAAAGCAACGGUAACAUGAAUGCCAUCUUGAUAGCUAUUUGUGGUACAUUCCUUGUACUUGUGGCACCGUCAGAAAUACUCAAGUUUAUUUACACUUUAAAUGCAGAGGAAUCAGACGAAAGAACUCACAUUUUACAUAUGAUAAAGUCAGUGACUAAUUUUCUGCAAACUACAAACUUCUCGGUAAACUUUUUAAUAUACUGUGUCUUCCAUAAAGCGUUUAAAUGCACAAGUCGUGGAAAAAAAUCGUGCAUUUUCUAG